AUUUGGCAAUUGGAAAUAUAUUAAGUAGGUACCUAAGUAUAUCUUUAUCAAUUUUCCCAUCGCAUAUUUUCUUAUGUACUUUCUUUCCGCUCCUUUAUUUUCUUCUCAGUACUAUUCUUGAUACCCGUUUCCUUUGGCUAGGUAUUUUGAAGUCUGCUUUGAUCAUUGGGGAUCUCUCUCCUUUACUUUACUUAGCAAUUGAACUUUCCAAUUUCCCAGCAGCAUCUGCAACAACGGGUUGUUGAAAGAUGGCAAGAAUAAAACAAGCGGAACCUUUGCAUCGCAAACCAUCUUCAGAAUACACGAGUAAAUCAGGUGCGACUGGUUCAAAAAGUUUAAGUGCUAGGAAUCCGAAUAAGGAAAUGAAUGGGAAUGCGCCGGCACAGAAUGGUGCGCUUAAAAGUGAUGCGCCGUUGAAAGCGAAGGCACAGAAAGAAGCUGGCGCAUUGCAGUUGAUCUUUGCUGUUGCUGGAAUUUACGGCAGUUUGUGAGUGACAGCGCCAAAGGAGACUAUCAAAGGCCUCAAUUGAGGGGAGAAGAAUGCUAAUUGUAUGAAUAUAUAGUCUUACUUGGGCACUCCUUCAAGAACGACUUACCACUACUCCAUACGGACCAGAAAAUGCACCCGAAAAGUUCAAAUUCCCCGUCUUCCUUAAUACAGUACAAUCUCUUUUUGCCGCCACAGUAGGCUACAUCUACCUGAGAUUCGACACCCCCGCAAAUAGCAAAACACUACCCAUCUUCCCAAGUCAACGAAUUCUCCUUCCCCUUUUCAUCGUGGCCGUUACCUCCUCGCUCGCCUCUCCUUUUGGCUAUGCAUCUCUCGCCCAUAUUGACUAUAUAACGUUCAUUCUCGCCAAGUCAUGCAAGUUGCUACCCGUCAUGUUCCUGCACAUAACCCUCUUCCAGAGACGCUACCCAUUAUACAAAUAUCUUGUCGUCCUUGCCGUGACAAGUGGUGUUGCAGUCUUUACUCUCCACGCCGGGUCCCCUCAUGCCAAACCUAGCAAAGCGGCACUCAACCCUGAUCGCAACACUUCAUGGGGACUUUUACUCCUGGGCGUCAAUCUUCUAUUUGAUGGCCUUACAAAUACAACACAAGAUUGGAUCUUCCAAACCUUCCAACCUUAUAAAGGACCACAAAUGAUGUGUGCAAAUAAUAUCAUGAGCACUUUGAUUACAACCUCAUAUUUGUUAUUGUCACCAUAUCUAGUUCAUACAGGAUUGGGAGAGUAUCUAGGUAUGGAUUUGGCAAGUGGGGCAGGAGAAUUAGCUGGAGCAAUGGCUUUUAUGCAAAGACACCCCGGCGUUUGGAGAGAUGUACUUGGAUUUGCAGCUUGUGGUGCUGUGGGACAAGUCUUUAUCUGUCUGUCUUCCCCUUAUAUCCUGAUUCCCGCUUCUUCAAAACCCCUCUCAAUCUUAAAAUUAAAAAAGCUGACAAUCAAAAUAGUCUACACACUUUCAACAUUUUCAUCUCUCCUCCUAGUAACCAUAACUGUUACCCGCAAAAUGCUCACUAUGAUACUAUCAGUAGUAUGGUUUGGUCAUAAACUGGGUGGUAAACAGUGGAUGGGUGUAGGUCUAGUUUUCGGUGGAAUCGGUGCAGAGGGCGUCAUUGCCAGGAGAGAAAAGGCGGCUAAGGAAAAGAAAAGGUUGGCUGGAUCCGGAAAGAAGGAAUUGUAAAUACAGUCAUGAAUGUAGGAUAUUGGAGCGGUCAAAUGAUUCCCAGAAUAUAAACUCAAACCUAUAGAGAUGGACCGAAGGCGUUCGGAUUACAUGGUAUCAUGCUAUAUUGGUAUCGGGAAGGGAGGACUAGAUUUUGAUAGGGGAGAGAAUUAGAAAUAGAUAUGCAAAGGAAGUUUUUCAUUGGCAACAGUUGGCUUAUUAUAGAUACCCAACAUAUCCAACAUACGACACACAAUUCCGU